GCCGGCGCUGCUCCGGGAUGGCGGCGCCCGGCGGGGAGGCGCAGGGCGGCUUCGCGGCCUGGCUGGCGGCGCGGCUGGAGGCGCUGGGCCUGGACCGCGCCGUGUACGGUGCCUACAUCCAGGGGCUGCUCCGCGAGGAGGAGAGCGACGAGGAGCGGCUGGAGGCCCUGCACGGCGUGCUGGCCGCCUGCCUGGAGGAAGAGCUCUUGAGUGAUGUUUGCAGAGAGGUGGUGGAGAAGUGGUCUGAGGCUCAGGUUGUUGACACCAAAGAGAAAAAAGAAGAUGAGGUCCAGGCCAUCGCCAGCAUGAUGGAGAAGCAGGCCAGGAUGGUGGUGAAGCCCAAGGAGGUGUCCCAGGAGGAGAGGCAGAGGAAAGCUGCCCUGCUGGCCCAGUAUGCCAACGUCACAGACGAGGAGGACGGUGCGGAGGAGCAGCAGGGUGCAGCGGCGGCGGCGGUCUCCCUGGGCUCCGAGAAGUCUCUGUUCCGCAACACCAACGUGGAGGACGUGCUGAACGCCAGGAGGCUGGAGAGGGAGCUGCUGAGGGACGAGUUCCAGAAGAAGAAGGAGCAGGACAAGCUGCAGCGGGAGAAGGACAAGCUGGCCAGGCAGGAGAGGAAGGAGAAGGAGAAGAAGAGGACACAGAAGGGCGAGCGGAAGCGGUAGCCGCGGGCUGCCGGCCGGACUCCGAGG